ACAAAUUGCGCGCUCUAUUUAUCUUUUCAAACCCUCACCCAAAAUCCGACGGUCCAGAUCUGGUCUUCCUUCCCCAAGUUGCUCGAUCUUUAACCAGUCUCUUCACUAUAUAAACCUCCCCAUUCCUCUCGUAGCCUUCUUAUUUCUCUCUCUAAAAAUUUGCACUCUCUUGUGUUAAGCGUUGAUCUCUCUCUCAUCACCAGCUAUGUCGACCGAGAAGGAAAGAGAGACGCAAGUUUACAUGGCCAAGCUCUCUGAACAGGCUGAGCGUUACGAAGAAAUGGUUGAGUGUAUGAAGAAAGUUGCAAAACUCGAUGUCGAGCUGACUGUGGAGGAGCGGAACCUUCUUUCUGUUGGAUACAAGAAUGUUAUAGGUGCCAGGAGAGCAUCUUGGCGUAUUAUGUCUUCAAUUGAGCAGAAGGAAGAGUCAAAGGGAAAUGAGCAAAAUGUUAAGCUGAUUAAGGGUUACCGCCAGAAGGUGGAGGACGAACUCUCCAAGAUUUGUAGUGACAUUCUUACUAUCAUAGACAAGCACCUGAUACCUUCUUCCACCUCAGGAGAAGCCACUGUUUUCUACUAUAAGAUGAAAGGUGACUACUGCCGGUAUCUUGCUGAAUUUAAGACUGAUCAGGAAAGAAAAGAGGCCGCUGAACAGUCACUGAAAGGCUACGAGGCUGCUUCUGCUACUGCAAAUACAGAUCUCCCUUCAACACACCCAAUCCGUCUUGGCCUUGCCCUCAACUUCUCCGUCUUUUACUACGAGAUAAUGAACUCUCCUGAAAGGGCCUGUCAUUUGGCUAAACAAGCUUUUGAUGAGGCAAUUGCAGAGUUGGACACAUUGAGUGAGGAGUCAUACAAGGACAGCACCCUGAUUAUGCAACUGUUGAGAGACAACCUUACACUUUGGACCUCUGAUUUGCCUGAAGAUGGAGGUGAGGACAGCUUUAAAGGUGAAGAAGGCAAAGCUGCAGAACCAGAGCAUUAAUGGAGUAACCAAGAGCAUUACAUGAGGUUGUUCGAAGGAGAAUACUAUGCAAAGUUGCUUUUUUUCAGCUUUUCUCGCGAAGGGAAGCACGGGACAGUGUAGAAAGACAUCUUACAAUGGAAUUAAUCUUUUGGGGCCAUCCAAAAGCCAGAAGAUGAGGAGAUUUUGAGGCUGACCAGCCAGAUUUUUGUUUCCGAGUUUUUUUCCUUUGUGGACCUUGCCUUUGCUUCUGUUUCCGCUACUUCAUGUUCUUCCAUUGUGAAUCUGUUAUCCAAAUGGAAAAAAUAUAUUUUCAAAUUUCUCAGCUUUAAAGUGUGAUUGCUCAUUUUUCUUUCUAAA